GUUCCACGCGCGGAGCACAAAUCCAUGUACCCAGUAGAAUCUGUUGUGCUGUGCUGUGGUCUCGGAUCGGCUUUACCUUUUUCCUCCGCGCUCUGGUCCUGCCUCUUGUCUUGCACUCUCACGUGCCCGCCAAGUAGCAGCAUUGAAUGAUGCUACCUAAGAUUUGUGCUCACAUGCACAUGUAUGGAAGAUUGGAACCAGUAUCUGAUCAUCACACACAAGUCACACUUGACUUUACAUAUAAUACUACAAUUCAGCUUUACAUCUACAUACCAUCACCAUACGUUUUGUAUGUAUAUAUAUAUGUACAUAUAUAUGUGUGUAUACGCACACGCACCACAUACAAUACCCCCCUCUGCUGCCAGAGCGGAGCGAAGAAGCCUCCACGGCAGUGGCCAAGCGGAGCGUCAUUAUACAUCCAUCACUUCCUCGAUCAGAUAGAUCCAUUGCUUCUGAAGUCUUUUCAUUGCUCAAUCCCAUCCCAUACUCAUCUCGGCGUGCAUGGAACUUUUCAUAUCUUCACGUGACUCUCUCUUAUCGACAUUCCGCUUACCCAUUAUUGGCUUAGCUCCUCAAAUAAUCAGUCAUUUUCGCCCCGCAUAUUUCACAUUCAUAAUAAUUUUUUCUCUUCUCUUUUUUUCCCUUUCUCUUUUUUCUCUUGGGAGAAGGAAACUUCAACCCGUCGACUGUACAUUUUCAUUCCAGAGAUUUGAUUUCAUCAAUACCCUCAAUUUCUAUUCUUCGUACUUCAAGGUCGACUAUCUCUUUGUCAUCUUUUCCAAUUUUUCUCAUUUCUUUGAAUUCUUGAUUGGAAUUCAUCCCCCUCCUACCUUUUCCCCGCACAUCUCUCUACCCAUAUCUCUACACAAUGUCUCCUCAAGCAAACGGAGAUUCCAAGCCAUCUGCUUCCGACUUCUUGGCCCCAGCUAAGGAUGUCUUGGAUGCCACAAAGGCUCUCGAAAUCCUCAAGGAGUAUGAAUCUCGCGAUGGUCUCAGCAUCAACGAUUUGAUCGAUUCCAAGAAGCAUGGAGGUUUGACCUACAACGACUUCUUGGUUCUUCCAGGUUACAUUGGAUUUGCUGCUUCCGAGGUCGUGCUCGAUUCUCCAGUUACCAAGCGCGUUACCCUCAAGACUCCUUUCGUUUCUUCCCCUAUGGACACUGUCACUGAGCACGAUAUGGCCAUUCACAUGGCUUUACAAGGUGGUCUUGGUGUUAUUCACCACAACUGCUCUGCCGAUGAGCAAGCCGAGAUGGUUCAAAAGGUUAAGAGAUACGAAAACGGUUUCAUCCUUGACCCUGUCGUACUUAGCCCACAGGCAACUGUUGGUGAAGUUAAGGAUUUGAAGGAGAAGUGGGGUUUCGGAGGAUAUCCAGUCACAGAAACCGGAAAAUUGGGCUCCAAGCUCGUCGGUAUCGUUACCAACAGAGAUAUUCAAUUCGAAGAUGACAGCGCCUCCGUCUCAAGUGUUAUGGUUACAGACUUGGUCACUGCUUCCUACGGCACUGAGUUGAUCGAGGCCAAUGCCAUUCUCGCAAAAUCCAAGAAAGGAAAGCUUCCAAUUGUUGACAAGGACGGAAACCUCGUUUCUAUGAUCUCCCGAUCUGAUUUGAACAAGAACAUCCAUUACCCAUUAGCUUCUAAACUUCCAGAUUCCAAGCAAUUGAUCUGCGCUGCUGCUAUCGGUACCAGACCCGAAGAUAAAAUUCGUCUUCAAAAGUUGGUCGAUGCUCAAUUGGACAUCGUUAUCCUUGACAGCAGUCAAGGUAACAGCAUGUACCAAAUCGAGAUGGUUAAGUAUAUCAAGGAGAAAUAUCCUGAUCUUGAUGUUAUCGGAGGUAACGUCGUUACUCGUGAGCAAGCUGCUUCAUUGAUUGCCGCUGGUGUUGAUGGUUUGAGAAUUGGAAUGGGUAGUGGAAGUGCUUGUAUCACUCAAGAGGUCAUGGCUGUUGGUAGACCACAAGCUGCCGCUGUCUACAACGUUGCUUCAUUUGCUGCUCGCUUCGGUGUUCCAUGUAUGGCUGAUGGUGGUAUCCAAAAUGUUGGUCACAUCGUCAAGGGUCUUGCUCUUGGUGCUACUACCAUCAUGAUGGGUGGUCUCUUGGCUGGUACCACCGAAUCUCCAGGUACUUCUUUCGUCAGUCGUGAGGGUAAGCUUGUCAAGGCAUACCGUGGUAUGGGUUCCAUCGAUGCUAUGCAAGAUAAGAAGGCUGGUGCUGGUGCCAAGGAUAGCCAGAAGAGCAACGCUGGAACCGCUAGAUAUUUCUCUGAGGGUGACAGUGUUCUCGUUGCUCAGGGUGUAUCUGGUGCUGUCGCACACAGAGGUUCUAUCACCAAGUUUGUUCCAUACCUCGCUGCGGGUUUGAAGCACUCUCUCCAAGACUGUGGACAAAUGAGUCUUCAAGCUCUUCACGAGGCUGUUGAGAACGGUACUACACGUUUCGAAUUGAGAACUGCCAGUGCUCAACUUGAGGGUGGUGUCAACAUGGAGAGUUACGAGAAGAAGCUCUACGCAUGAUUUUAGAUGACGUUUUACGAGAAUCAUGAGCAUUGAAUCUAGUCAUCUGGACGGAAAUUUGAUUUUAUGGAGUUUAUUACUUGGCGUUUAAAACAGGACUACAUCGUUAGUCUUUGGGUGGAGAAAGAAUAAAACACAUUACAAACACAUUUGGAUAUGACAAUGAUGAACUGAUGUGACAUUAACUACACCAUCAGACAUGCUCUAGGCGGAACCUUAUUGUCCAAAACAACCUACAUUGUUGGAUGAUAAUAUUUGACUCUUUCCAUUACAUCACGGUUUUAGUUUAUUGCUUCAAGCGACCACUUGCUGGCUAGCUCGCUGCUCUUUACUUCAAAGAUCUGCCUGGAGUACUACUAGAAGCCAGUGUGGUCUGGGAUAAUCAUCCAUCGAUAGCCUCUAGAGGUUAAGUAACCCCAAGGCCUUUUUGUUAGGUUAUCUUGCCAGUCUCAGUACUAGGCGUAUCUCGAUUCCGAAUAGGUACUCGGUUAGUAUUGAUGUCUCAAUAUCAAGAUGGUGGGUGAAUCUCGCCGGAUGAUGCCUGUGUGAUCGUCUUUUGAUGUAGAUUUUAUCGAAUCUGAGGGGCUGGUUAUACCUCAAAGCUGCAGCCCGAGGCUGCUGAUGCUUAAAAAUGGAGGCGGCGGAGGUAGCGGACGUGGUAGAGUUAAAUGCUAAAGGAUUUACGGUGUUUGGUUGUUUGGAAUGAUAUAUUGGGAUUAUCUCAGCCUCGAAAAGCAUUCCAAUAUGCACAAAGAAUUGAACCUCCCAGAAACUUUAAUUCUUAGACUACAUUCCAGAGUAUUGGACCAGCUGGUGGGCACUUUUUGUGGUUUUACUGUAAGGGUCUACGUUGUAUGAAUCACGAGACAGAUGUAAUGCGAUGGAGACGAUUUGAAUGAUUAACUAACUGUAUGCAAUGGAGAACAAAAUCUAUCUAUCUAUGUACGUAUAACAUAUUAUUUCUAAGAAGAAGUAGUUCUUGAAGUCCAAGUUUUCUCAAAUAUUGGCCUGGGCAGCACGUAAUCCGUUUGA